AGAAACAGAGAAACAGAGAAACAGAGAUGGCGUUGAGGCGUGGUUUGUAUGAAGUGGUUCCAUUUGUAGUGAUGGUGAUGGUGGAGUGUGGCGAAGUAGGCAUAACCACAGUAAGUAAAGCUGCCAUGUCAAGAGGGAUGAGCCACUUUGUCUUCAUCGUCUACUACAAUGCUCUCGCCACCCUCAUCCUUCUUCCUUCUUUCCUCCUCCGCAGAAACAAGCGGCCUCCUCUCACCUUCUCCAUCCUUUGUAGAUUCUUCUUCCUGGGCCUGAUUGGGAUAUGUUUGAGGCAGAUCUGUGUGUUCACUGGUGUGGGGUUGAGCUCUCCGACACUUGCAUCGGCGUUGGGUAAUCUCAUCCCAGCUUUCACUUUCGUCCUUGCCGUCAUUUUCAGGAUGGAGAAGGUAGAUUUGAGAAAGGGAAGCAGUCGAGCAAGAGUAAUGGGGACCAUAGCAUCCGUAACUGGAGCCUUCAUAGUGACUCUAUACAAGGGCCCACCAAUCAUCAUGAUCAAAGGGACGACAAUACCUACAGGAGCUUUGGACCCAUCCCAUCAUCAUCAUGAUCAACUCCCGAAUUUUCAUUACUCUUCAGAGCCAAGUUCAGCUAACUGGGUGUUCGGAGGCUUUUUCCUUAUACUCACUUGUAUCUUCUCUUCUCUUUGGAAUAUACUUCAGGCAGCAACAGCGAAUGAGUACAGAGACAAGGCCACCGUAAUAUUUUUUUACUGCUUUUUUGGAACCAUACAAUGUGCUGUGGUCUCUCUUUUCGUAGAAAAAGACAUUAGUGCUUGGAAACUCAAGCCUGAUAUAGAGUUAAUAGCUAUUCUCUACUCUGGUAUAAUAGGGGGAGCAGCGUCAAGCGCUGCCGUAACGUGGUGCUUAAGCAAGAAGGGACCUCUAUAUGUGGCCAUGUACAAGCCCAUGGGGAUCGUUAUUGCAGUUAUCAUGGGAGUUAGCUUCCUUGGUGAUGUUCUCCAUAUUGGAAGUGUGAUCGGAGCAGUUAUAAUAGUUCUGGGGUUUUAUGCUGUGAUGUGGGGACAAAACAAAGAGGAGAACAUGGUUGAUGAAGACAAUGUUGCUCCAGACUCUGCAGGAACACCCACUCUUAAGGACCCUCUCUUGCCAAGCAAGAUGGGAGCCGUGUAA